AGGAUUUUUCACCAUGGGAUCGGCAGGGGGAGGCGUUUUACUCGUUUUACCUAUCUCGCCCUGGAGACCUUUUUUUCCGUUUUGCACUGACCGACGCACUACAAGCAACGAUUAUGACACUUUAUGGCGGUAUAUAUUUCUGGCGCAGCGUCUUUUACGUACACGUAUUACCUUGCUCUUCCUGUUACUGUCUUCCUCUGUUUCAUUUUUCUUCUCUCUUUUUUCUUUGCAAUGUUCUUCUCAUGAGUGAUGAAGAGACAUGUAAAUCUAGACACACGAUUUCAUUUACAAAGCAUCUAUUUGAUGCAUUCUCAACUAAGCAUCUUUUUUUUUUUUUUUUUUUUUUUUCCGCAAGCAUUCGGCAUUUGAAGUGUGUCAGUGAGAUAUAUAGCUGCUUCCUUGUUUUAUGCAUAUUUUCGGAAGUGAUAGAUUGGUUGAGUGAGGCUUGGAGAAGCGUGGCGUUUUACGAGUGCUAGGACGUGGGGGCCCAAGGGGAGGCACGGUCGUAAGAGACGGCAGAGGCACAACCUACUGGUGCGCCCUGGUUACGCCAUGCCGCAGGGAAUCCAGAUGGGGCAAAA